AUGUCCUGCUUCCUCAUCUGCGGAGCUCUGUUCGUGGUUGCAGCGUACUUUUACCGAGAGGUGAUAGUGAAGGGACAGCGAUGCACCAGCGCCGUGAGACUGCACGGGAAGACCGCCAUUGUGACCGGCAGUAACACUGGGAUCGGGAAGAGGACGGCGGUGGAUCUGGCCAAACGUGGCGCCCGCGUCAUCAUGGCGUGCCGCAGCCGAGAGCGCGGAGAGGCCGCCAUGGAGGACGUCAAACGGGAGAGUGGCAGCUCUGACGUGGUCUUCCUGCCUCUGGAUUUGGCCAGUUUCAAAUCCAUUCGAGAAUUUGCCGAAAACUUCCUCAAAUCUGAGCCCAGACUGGACCUGCUCAUCAACAACGCAGGUCUUUACUCUGGGGGCCGGACACAGGAAGGCUUUGGGAUGAUGUUUGGAGUGAACCACCUGGGACACUUCCUCCUCACUGACCUGCUGCUGGACCGCUUGAAGGAGAGCGGCCCCAGUCGAGUGGUCAACGUGUCGUCCAUGGGCCACAACGUUGGACGCGUGGACUUCGACUGCCUGAACAAGAACAAGGCUCUGGGUUUGGGCACCUCCAUGUUCGACCUCCUGCAGAUCUACGCCGACAGCAAACUCUGCAACGUCCUGUUCACACACGAACUCAAUAAGAGGCUGCAGGGGACCAAGGUCACCUGCUACUCCCUGCACCCAGGUGCCAUAAACUCUGAGUUAGACCGUAACUUCAGCCGCGUCCUGGUGUGGGUUCUGUCCCCGGUCACAGCGUUCUUCUUCAAGACUCCGGAGCAGGGCUGUCAGACCACACUGCACUGUGCCCUGCAGCCAGGACUGGAGCCUCUGAGCGGACGGUACUUCUCCAACUGUACGGUCCGCAACGUGUUCGCCAAGGCACGGGACGACGCCGCCGCCAGGAAGUUGUGGGAGCUCAGCGAGCGGAUGUGUGGGAUGGAAUAA